AUGGCCGACGUCGAGGAGCCCCAGUUCAACACCCUCGCUGAGCGCAUCGCCGCUUUAAACAGGCAAAAGAACUUCUCCACGGCAGACGCUCCCAAGAAACGGGCCCCGCCUCCUCCUCCCCAGGCCGCGUCGACGCCCGCCCAGCCUCCCAUCGCCGUGCAGUCACCCCCGCUGCCGUCUCGAAACUCGUACUUCCAGCAGCAGCACCAACAGCCCUCGCCCGCUCCUCGCCCGCGCUGCCCCUCGCCGACCGACCCUGCAGCCGGAUGUGCGGCGGAACUCGACCUCGUCCGACAUCUCCUACAUCUCCACCGUCUCCAACCUCUCCAUCGGGGUAGAAAUAACUCGUCCAGCGCGAGCUUCGUUUCCACCGACGGCCAGCCCACGCGGAAGCUACCGCCCGCUUACAAUCCCGCGACCCUGCCGCCCCUGCCACCAAGUCGUCGAGAGUCGGAGGCGAAGGAGGCUGCUGCAAAACAAAAUGCAGUGAAAUCAAAGUACUCGCCAAGUGCCCGGGCCGUCGAACCACCUCCGCCGCCUUCCCAACCCCCUCGUCUGCCCUCUCGACCGGCGAGGUCUCCCGGCCUCACCCCCACCGACACGAAGUCAUCAACGCCUCGCCGCCUUCCGCCUGCGCCCUCCGCCUACGUCAAGCCUCCGCCCGUCUUGCCCUCCCGGCCCAAGAGCCACGAGAAUGGCGCCUCUCCUCCGCUGCCUUCCUCCAAUAGAAAUACGCGGGACGCGCCGCCUCCCGUGCCCGUGGCGUCUCGGCCGUCCGUCUCCCAGAUCGAAGACGCCGUUGCCAAGGCCACCGCAAACUGCCUUCUGUGCCGCGACUUUUCCGGCCCCGAUGCCGUGGGUGCCCAGUUUCCUCGCCACGGGGCACGCGCCAUCUUCACCUGGGCACACCACAACGUCGUCUACGACUACGAAAUGUUUUCCAGCGGCAACAUCCGCCACGUCUCACCCGAAGAGGCCAUCGCCAAGAGAGCCGGCAUGGAGUGCGUCAUGGUGACGGGCCACGGCAAGGGCGCCGGCUAUACCCCGCUCAAGAAGGGCGAGCGGUGCCCACCCAAGAAGCCCGACGGCCACGCCUGGAACGCCGUGCGCAUCGACGGCGGCGAGUGGAAGCUCCUCGACGCCUGCUGGGGCGCGGGCCACCUCGACCGCUCGACCAACACGUACAAGCAAAAGUUCUCGCCCAUUGAGUUUUGCGCGAGCAACGAAGUCUUUGGCCGCCGCCACUUCCCGCGAGACCCCAACCAGUUUUUCCGCGCCGACGGCCAGAUCCCCACCUGGGAGGAGUACUUCACCGGGGGCUCUCGGACGAGCCCCGGCCAAGUCGUGCGCUUCCAGUUCUCCAACAUUUGCGAGCACUGGGCCAAGAUACACCGCGGCGAGCCGCGCAAGCCCUUCCUCCUCACCAUCCACGGCCUCGACGGGCGCCAGGACAGCACCAUUCCCUUUGAGACUGACGGCUACUGGUGGUGGCUCGACGUCAACGCUCGCGACCUCGGCGCCCCGGGCAAAAGGUCUCGCUUCUGGUGCUUGAGACGUUUGAUGGGAGGGACGCCGCGGGCCGAACCGGGUAUUGACCUCGACCAACGCAAACCUCAAUUCCUCCCUCUACGACCAAAUUCGAUACCGACGCACUCUCUCCGAACCCCCGCGCCGCGCCGCGCCACCAAGAUGCAGACCCUCCCACCGACCCUGACGCGCAACGAGACGCUCACCCUCCUCACCCUGUCCGGAGCGUGUCUCGCCAUCCUCGCCAACACCUUUAACGGCGAUGGCGAACCCUCAUCGCCUCGCUGGCUCUGA